CCUGCCUUGCUCUUGCUCCACGACCAAGGUCACAAUGUCCGACAAAUACCCACCUGUAUUUGACAGUGACAGCGAGGAAGACGAGCAGGUUGAAAAGCCUCGUACCAACCCCAGUGAGAGCACCAUAUACCCGUCUGUGUUCGACAGCGACAGCGACAGCGAAAGCCAGCACGACGACAGCGAAGACAGCGACUGGGAGAAGAGCAAGCACAGGAAGGACACCCGAUCCACCACGCUGACAGAUGAUCCACCAGUGCCCGGAUGCCCAGCCAAACCGAAAACACAGACACAGAGGAUCCAGCCGCCCGUCUCACUCCUGACGCUGGCCCUCAAGCGGCAGCAGCAGCUCAACAAGCGGAACCCGCCCUUGCCCCUUGUCCUGCCAGCGAAGGAACGGAACCCGCCAUCGCUACUGACACAGGGACUCGAGAUCCUCCGACAAGCACCAACUACAUCACUUCUCCGACAAGCUUCCGCACCACCGCCUCAGCAAAACUUGACAACCUACCAGCAGCGAACCAGGAACUUGAAGUCUACCGCUAUCCGAUGGGCUGAUCAACAACCUAUCCCUAUUCGCAACCAGCAAUGGCAGCUUCAGCAGGCCCUGGCCGCCAGGUUCAACCAGAACAAUAACAACCCCCCGGUCCGUCUCCCUCUAGAAUCCGGGCUCGACCGCGAGAUGCAGCCCGCAAACAGAAAACAAGCCCUGGACUUUGCCGUGCUGCGCACGUCACUCCACCGCGACCGCACAACCCUUCCUCAGGCCGGGCCGAUGCGGAAUCCCUUCCCUCCGCACAACAACACCACCACCAACAACAACAACAACACAAAUGGUGAGGAGGUGGUUGUCGUCCCCCGUGACAGGGAGUGGGCGUGCUGCAACUGUGGCGCGGGCAACUCGCGCUAUGAGUUUCUGUGCUGGGCCUGCGCGGCGCAUUCCAGGGGCGACGGCGGCGGACCCGACGGGCACUGCUGCGCCACGCUUGACCCGGAUGGGCCUGAGGGUACCUGGGCGGGACAGCUGGUUGGUGAAGGCAGAGACAUACCCCCUUCUUGCUAGAAGUAG